AUGUCCACCAAUCGGCAUAUUUUGGACGCAAUCGGGAACACACCUUGCGUCGAGUUGCGUCACGUCGUGCCAGAUGGAUGUGCCCGUGUUUUUGUCAAGUUGGAAGGUUUAAAUCCCACUGGCUCUUAUAAAGACCGUAUGGCAGUGUCUAUCAUCGAGGAAGCGGAAAAAAGAGGAGACUUGAAACCCGGAAUGACAAUCGUCGAAGCCACUGGUGGCAGUACUGGAUCAUCCCUUGCUUUCAUCUGUGCGAUCAAAGGAUACGACUUUACCGUGGUAUCUUCGAAUGCAUUUGCAGAAGAGAAACUGCAGACAAUGGCCGCAUAUGGAGCAACCGUGGAUAUAGUUUCCAGCCCGACGGGAAAGAUCACACCGGAGUUGAUUCCUUCCAUGCGCGUGCGGGCCAAAGAAUUAAGUCAGAACGGUGACUGUUACUAUACCGAUCAAUUCAGCAACCCGGAUGUUCUCGUUGGUUAUGGAAGCAUGGGUCGCGAGCUUCUGGGCCAAAUCCCCGAAGGAAUUGAUGCCUUCUGUGGCGCAGUAGGAGGCGCAGGAAUGGUUCUGGGGGUUGCCAAAGUUUUGAAAUCAAAGAACCAAAACUGUCGUAUUACUGUCCUGGAGCCCGCAUCUGCGCCUGCUAUCACGAAGGGCCAUGGUGGACCACACUCUGUGGAGGGUAUUGGAAUCGGAUUUCUACCACCUCUCUUGGACAAGACCCUGUAUGAUGAUGCCCGUGCAGUUGAAGAGGCUGAGGGUCGUCGGAUGUCUCGAAGAUUGGCGAAAGAAGAGGGAGUCCUGGCUGGCACAUCCACGGGGCUUAAUGUAGUGGCUGCUAUUGAGCUGGCAAAAGAACUUGGCCCCGGUAAGAUCGUGGCCACUGUCGCCUGUGAUAGUGGUCUGAAGUAUGUGCUAGGAGAUCUUUUUACGGAAGAGUAG